UCUAGAAAAUACAAACAAACACAACUAGGAAUUUAAAUUUUGGGAAUAUCAAUAUUUUUUCGCUCAGUGGAAGUGUUUAAUAAUUAGAAGUCAACAAUAGUUUUUCUAAUACACCUUAAAAUUGUGCUCAGUUUUGAUUGUUCGAUUUUCCAUACUAAAUUCAUCCUCAACACAAUUUGUCAAGAUGGCGAUGAUGCAAAGAAGAGCCAGUGUUCGACUUCCACCAGAGGUAAAUAGAGUUUUGUACAUCAGGAAUCUACCUUACAAAAUUACUGCAGAAGAAAUGUAUGAUAUUUUUGGCAAGUAUGGAGCCAUUCGACAAAUCCGAGUGGGAUCGACCCCGGACACAAGGGGGACAGCGUUCGUUGUGUAUGAAGAUAUCUUCGAUGCGAAGAAUGCUUGUGAUCACUUAUCUGGUUUCAAUGUCUGCAAUCGAUACCUUGUAGUCCUUUAUUAUCAAUCGAACAAAGCUUUUAAGAAGGUAGAUGUGGACAAGAAGAAAGAAGAAAUUGAAAAAGUGAAAACCAAAUACGGCAUUAACCUGGACAGUGGAAAGUGAGCACAACAUGAAGUAUGAGUGCAGCAACAUACUUGUACUUCAAAUACGUGCUGAAAUUUGUCAGAUCUCAGUGAAAAGUUAAUGUUACAAUGUAAUUGAAACCAUCAUCAUCAUGUAAGUGGUGAAAGUCGCAACACAUGUAUCUUAAUUGCAACCUUCUAAAUGUGCUAUUUCAUUACAUAAUGAAAUAUCAAUGCAUGUUAUUGCACGAAAUUUUUCUCAGUAUUCCCUUUACCAAAUGCACAAAAUCGGUGAAAAAUUGAAGAACCAAAACCUUUCGUUUUUCCUGAUCAACUCAAUUCUGACCACAAAUCUUCAAUGUAAUGAAUCAAGAUUUGUGUAUCGCGACUUUCAUCACCAACUUAAAGACUCAGAUGGAGACAUCAUGACUCUCAUGCCUAAAAAUAACCUCAACGUGUUGUUAGACACUCAGUAACUGGAAACUCUUAAAGUCAAUAUACUUUAUUUGUAAUGAACUGGAUAAUUACCUUUACGCAGUCUUUAGCCUAUUUCAAUUCUAAAUGACCAUGAUUGUAUAACCAGAAUUCCUGUCUCAUUCCAAUAUAUUAGACUUAAAUUAUUAUGAAUCAUGACACUUACCUUUUUAGAAUUUUGGGAGUGGAAUGUAAUCAUCAUUCAAAUGUAUGAUCCAAUCAUCGGAGGAGAAUUUUGGAUGCUAAGUAUACGGUUAUAAUAUUUGAAUUUUGAAAAGAGAUAUCCCAACAAAUCCAAUACACCAUUGCCCUUCCAAGAAUCUUUGUUUUCAGUGCUCUACUUCUAGUAUUCUCCCUUAUUAAUUAUUCCUUUGAAAACAUCCCUCUUAUUUUCUCUGUAAAGUCAGGGCACCUUUACAAAAUAUACAAAAAGAAUCAGGAUUCAUCACGUCCAACAAUACCUCUCCAAGUGGGCGUUUCGCAAUUUUAUAAGAAGCUCUAUAAUAAUUGAGAAACUCUUUACUUAUUUGGUCAAUCAAAUCAUGUUACCAUUACAAGUGAUUUUCCCCCAGAUGUAAUGUCGCGUCAAAUUGUUUCCAGUUGGUGUAGAAGAGGUAUGAAGACCAUACCCAUUACUUUAUUGAUGUACAUUUUUGUAAAUUCUUUUUAAUAAAUAAAUUAAAAUCCAAAUAAUC